AUGUGUGGAAAAUUCUUGGAUAGUGUUUGCCAGCAAGAUGAUGACUGUGGUCCCGAGAACUCUAUUUGUGUUGACAAUCAUUGCAAAUGUGAACCAAAUUUUUUCCGUGAAGGCAACUCACAGUGUAACUCACGUAUGUGUCUUAUUGAUGCAGCUCAACUGAAAAUGCCUUGCAGCACAUACACUGACUGCAAUAGUUUGAUCAAGCAUUCACUGUGUUCAGAAAAUAACAAAUGUGAAUGCUUUCCAACUUAUUUUCGAAUUAAUGAAACAGCGUGCGUGCCCUAUCAUGAGUCAUAUUGUUCAGACAGCGAUCCAUGCAAGCUUGAAAAUUCGGUUUGCAUCAACAAUUUGUGCCGAUGUGCUUCUCAUUAUAGUUACAUUGGGUUAAAAUGCGAACCAACAUUUUUGGAUAAACCAUUUAAGCAACAUAUUAAUGGAGACACCCCAAGUUGUAAAUCAUUAUUAAAGGGAAUAUGCUAUAAAAACAGUGAUUGUUUUGUUGAAAACAGUAUUUGCAUCAACAACAAAUGUCAAUGUAAAAUCGAUUAUGCACCUGACUUUAAUAACCGAUGUGUAUCAAAAUUAAAGACAACUUGCAACGUCGACCAUGAAUGCAAAACACUCUACUUCCAACAAUGCUCUAUCGAUAUGAAGAAUACUUUUAAUUCCAGUUAUACUUCUAUGCAUAAUUUUAAAUGCAAGUUGCAAAUAGGAGACAAAUGUAGGUUAGAUGAACAAUGUACUCCGGAACAUUCUCGCUGCAUUGAUAACUGGUGUCAAUGCAAGCCGAAAUUCGUGCCAUCAGGAGUUGGUAAUAAAUGUGUGUCAGUUUACUCAAACAGAAAAUGUACAACUCAUGACGAUUGUGCUCACAUUCAAAACGGAAUGUGUUCGGAUGACAAUGUAUGUAUUUGUGAAACAAAUCAUGAGCAAACAGAUGAGAAUACAUGCUUACCAUUUUUGGGUCAAUAUUGUGACAAACAGACAAAAUGUACGACCGACAAUGCUGUUUGUUCUUAUAAUACAUGUGCAUGUGACACUUUAUUCACGCAACAAUCUAUUAACCGUUGCUUGCCAACUUACUUGAAACAACCUUGCAAGCUGCAAGAUGAUUGCAGACAAAUAAAGUACGCAGAAUGUUCCAAAGACAAUAAAUGUGUUUGUCGUUCAAAUUACAUCGAAUUAAACGCUGUGACAUGCGCACCAUUUUUAGGAGGAUACUGUGAAAGCGAUGAAGAAUGUUUUGUCAAUCAAACAAAAUGCAUCGAUAAUAAGUGUGCACAUGUUCCAAAUGCUAGACCUCGAACCAUCGAACAACAUCCACCUUCUUCGACGCGUAAGUGUCAAGACGAUAGAGAUUGUCUUUUUGUAAAAAACACAAUAUGUCUUUCGAAUGGCGGAUGUGGCUGUAAGCUGAAUCACAUUUCAGUAAACCAGACACUAUGCUUGCCACUUUUGAAUGAAGAUUGUUCAAAUUCUCCAUGUAUUGUCGAUAAUUCGUAUUGCAUUAAAGACCAGUGUCAAUGCGCGGAUCAUUUUGUUCAGCAUUUAAAUAACAAAUGUUUACCAAGUAAGUAUACCUAUUUUCAUAUGGAACUUGAAAUUUUGGUGGUAACUGAAAUCUUUCCUUUAGCUUGGUUGAACGAGCCUUGCAAAACUGACGCUGACUGCAAGAAAAUAAAGAAUGAAAUAUGCUCAAAGAAGAAAACAUGCGUUUGCAAAACGUCAUUUAAUCAAUUCAGCUUGACGAGGUGUACAUCACUUACUGAAGAAUUUUGUACGUCAAACAAGGAUUGUCCAGUGGAGAAUUCAGCAUGCACUAAUAACUUCUGUGAAUGCAAACCUGGCUUCGAAAAACUCUACAAUAAUCAAUGUAUACCACAGAUGGCGAUUUCUUCUUGUAGCGAUGAUCUGGAAUGUGGAGAACCCUGGCACGGAGAAUGCUCAAAUGAAAAAAAGUGUUCAUGCAAAGAAAACAAUGUGGCGAUCAAUAUUUCAACAUGUUAUCCGCUUCUAAAAGGUCUCUGCUGGCGCGACGAACAGUGUGUCACAAAAAAUUCUAUUUGUCUCGAUUAUCAUUGUUUGUGUGAAGCUGGCUACAUUCCCGUCGCCAAUAAUUUGUGCGUCAGAGCGAAUUUAUGA